AUGUCGACCACCGUCCACGUCAAGGGAAUCUCCCACGAGACGACCGAGAAGGAAGUGAAGGACUUCUUCAGCUUUUGUGGCAAGAUCACAUCGAUCUCGGUCACUCCAGAGUCUGGUGCAGCUGACGCAACAAAGUCAGCAACCGUGACCUUCGAGAAAGAAACUGCCGCAAAGACUGCUCUUCUACUGGAUAACACCCAGCUGGGCAAGUCUCAAGUCCACGUCACGACCGCAAAUACUCUCGACGACGUUGCCAGCCAAGCGGGAGCACCCGUCUCCUCUUCCACAGGCGAAGACCACGAUGUGGCACAGGAAGACAAGCCACGUUCAAGAAUCGUUGCGGAAUAUCUUGCUCAUGGCUAUACUAUCUCCGACAAUGUCAUCUCAAAAGCCAUCGCCCUUGACUCGAAACAUGGUUUCAGUACAAAAUUCACCAAUGCUCUGAACAACUUUGACAACAAGUACAAGGCGACCGACAAGGCAAAGUCUGUUGAUACCAAAUACGGCGUAUCAGACAAGGCGCUAGGUGCAUGGGGCGGGUUGACCAGCUAUUUUGAGAAAGCUUUGGGUACACCCACUGGCCAAAAGGUCAGAGAUUUCUACGUUCAAGGCGAGAAGCAGGUUACCGAUGUGCACUCCGAAGCCAGAAGACUCGCAGAUCUCAAGACCGGAAAACAGAAUCAACCAGAGGCUGUUCCAGGCACCGACAAGACAGUCUGCAAGUGUGGCGGUUCAGAAGGCGUUUGUGGAUGUGCUCCAGGUCAUUGCAGCUGUGCUCGCUGUGCAAAGAGUGACAAUACAGGAAGCUUCCAGCCCGAGCCUGUCAAGGGAACCGAUAAGACUGUUUGCAAAUGUGGCGGUUCAGAAGGGUCCUGCCCUUGUCCAGCGGGCCAUUGUGCAUGCGCCAACUGUGCAAAGAGCAGCUCGGGUGCCACAACGGAGGCAAAGGAAGCCGCACAGGCAAGCGGGCAACAAUUGCCAGCAGGCAGCGUUUAA